UCCAUUGAUGACGCAAUGACGCACAGCGACGACUUGGGGCUGGAAAACAUGUGAGCAUCGGUACAGGGACGUUAUGCUGAACAGGUGGCCACGAUGAAGUCAAGGACCCGCAGUCUUCAGGUGUUUGACACGGAGCUGAGUGCGGACACCGUGGAAUGGUGUCCUGUUGCUUCUUACCACAAUGUCCUGGCCUGCGGGACAUAUCAGCUUCAGAAAGAGGGUGGGGAUGAAGACGCCGCCCCCAGUCGCACCGGACGUCUUUACCUCUUUGAGUUUUGUCAGGAGGGAGUGUCGAGGCCUCCUCUCACUGAGCUACAGCGCACAGACACAGCAGCGAUUUUAGAUUUAAAAUGGUGCCACAUUCCCAUUGCAGAGAGGCCGGUUCUGGGUAUGGCUACUGCUACAGGAGAGCUGCAGAUGUUCACACUGUCAGACAGUCAGGAAGGUGGGCGUGGUCUGCAGACUCUGUGCAGCUGCCAGGUGGGAGCAGAGCGACUUGCCUUGUCCUUGGACUGGUCCACUGGAAGAAUGGACAGCAGCAGCAGCAGCAGUGAUGUGCGGGUGACGUGCAGUGACUCUGCAGGCUGCAUCAGUGUGUUCUCUCUGGCUGAAGGUGCUCUGAUGGCUCUGUCUCAGUGGAAGGCCCAUGACUUUGAGGCUUGGAUCACAGCCUUCUCCUACUGGGACACACAGCUGCUUUAUUCUGGUGGGGAUGACUGCAAACUCAAAGGCUGGGAUCUCAGAGCUGGUUCAUCACAUCCGGUUUUCAUCAGUAAAAGUCACUCCAUGGGUGUGUGCAGCAUUCACAGCAGUCCACACUGUGAACACAUCCUGGCUACAGGCAGCUACGAUGAGCGGGUUCUGCUGUGGGACAGCAGGAACAUGAAGCAGCCCCUUACAGAGACUCCAGUGGGUGGUGGGGUGUGGAGGCUGAAGUGGCACCCAGACCAGCCGUACCUGCUGCUAGCAGCCUGCAUGCAUAACAACUUCCAUAUCCUUCACUGCCAGCAGGCGCUAGAGGGCGAUGGAGGGUCCUGUCCUGUUCUGUCCUCCUACAUCCUUCACAACUCCUUGGCAUACGGAGCAGACUGGUCCAGACUGUCCCUCGAGGACUCGGCUCCUCAAUCCCCACCCGGCACAGAGUCAAAAGCAGGUCUCGCAGAAAGCGGAGGACAUUUACGGAUCCAGUAUGAGUCUCCCACUGCCAGCUUCGACACUUCUCUGGAGGACGAUGUGGGACGAUAUAUCCCAGAGGAAAGCACUGCCCCCUCUACCCGUCCUGCUGCAGGUCCAACCCCCAAGCUUGACGAGGACGCCCCCUCACUGUCCUGUUUGCUGGCCACCUGCUCAUUCUAUGACCACAUGCUGCAUGUGUGGCGCUGGGACUGGAGUCCAGAGCCUCAGCAGGUGUCGGCUCAUUGCAGCUAAACUGGAGGAAUGUCUGAGGGAACACGGCUUUAUCAUGAAGAGGAGUUCAACACUUCUAUAGAUCAUCCAGUCACCAAAAACUCCAUUUUUAAUCACCAUCCUGUUUUUAAUAAGGAACUCUGUAAUCCUUAUUCUCCUGUUCUACUGUAGCAGCAAAACCAACACAGCUCCAACAUGAGUAGUUUUAUAAACACCUUUUGUUUUCUGUGUAGCCUUACCAAACUGUUUGUCCUGAGGAGCUGAUUCAUGUAAUUUCAAACAGAAAAAACAUUUCCCCUGGAGCCGACAGGAUAUUGUUUCAAACUAAACAUAAAUGUCUCUUUCAUUGUU